CGAUCACGAACUCGCAAGCUCGAUAGCCACGCCUACCCUCUCCACUCAACCCCAAUCGCUCUCGCCAUGUUUCUCCAACGCUCUGCCAUGGCCGCGGCAAGGCGGGCGGCCCCCCGCGCGCUCGCCCAGCGCACUUUCACGACAUCCUUUGUCCGCCGCGACGACAGCAAGAUUGCGCAAAAGGAGACUGGCCACUCGGCCAAUUCGCCCAGCGUUCUCGAGGGCUUCAAGAAGCUCGACGAAAUCAAGUCAGAAGCGGAUCUCCUCCCUCCGGGUGCUAAGCCUGGUACUGUGCCUACGGACGCGGAACAAUCUACCGGUCUGGAGCGUCUCGAGAUUCUCGGAAAGAUGCAGGGUAUCGACAUCUUCGACAUGAGGCCAUUGGAUGCCAGCCGUGUCGGCACCAUGGAGAACCCAAUCACUGUCAACUCUGCAGGUGAUGAGCAAUAUGUUGGUUGCACCGGAUGCCCCGCCGACUCGCACAACGUUCUGUGGAUCACCCUCACCCGCGAGGAGCCCAAGUCACGUUGCAUGGAGUGCGGCUCCGUGUACGAGAUGCAUUAUGUGGGCCCGGCAGAGGAUGCUCACGGUCACCACGACCACCACGACCACCAUGAGAACCCAUACCCAAGGCCCAAGACCAUGGCCGACUUCCUCAAGCCCGAGUACCGUGAGCUAUAA